AUGUUUAGCCCCCCACCGGGGUUUAGAGUGGGGGGCCCGGGGCUGGUUCGAGGGCCCCCUGGAGGUGGAGGUCAUAGAGGAAUCCAUUGUGAAAACAAACUGACGCAAUGUGUCCGGGUUCCCGCGCUCAAGACGUACUUCUUUGAGACGCCAUACGAGACUGUCAUUGAUGUGGGAAGCUGUUCCUGUUGGAAAUGUUCUCCAGGUGUGUAUCCGUCCCAAAACACUUGGAAAGAGUGUACAAAAACAUUCCAUUUGUUUAAACAUGCACUGAUGUCAAUGGGAGAUUUGCGAAAAAAGGUAAAAAGGUUCAAUGCAUAAAACAUUUGUGCGCACAGACUUCAGGUUAGGAAUCGGUUUAGAUUAAAAACUAGUAACCCUUUUUUAGUUUAUUGAAUCUCUCACCACCACUAAUAGCCGAAUAAUACCAAUCCUCCCAUGACCUAAAAGUGUCACAAUUUUCAUGGAUAUACCUGUAGCCUGAAACUGAACGUUUUAUCAUUUAUAUUUUAUGUGUUAUCAAUUGGUUAUAAAUUGUUAUUUUAUUUAUGUCAUAUAACUUGUUGCAGUCUCAACAAUCCUUCAUUGAGUUAAUGUCAAUCAAUCAUUAUUCACAUCUCAAAGUAAUAUGCACACUGAUAAUUCAAUGGUAGCCACAAAAGCAAUAGGGCCCAAUAGAAAAUAUUGUCUUGCCACAUGAAUCUACGUCAUUUAGCAGACGCUCUUAUCCAGAGCAACUUACAGGUUUUUUGUUUUGUUUUUGUGAGUGCAUACAUUUUUCAUACUGGCCCCCCGUGGGAAACGAACCCACAACCCUGGCGUUGCAAGCGCCAUGCUCUACCAAUUGAGCUACAUGAAUGGACGCAAAGGACACGAAACUAGGUCAACUGAGUAUCAUGAUACCUUAUCAUGUUCAGAAUGUUACUGGUGACAAGCAAGACAUCAUAAUAUAAUACUUCAUAACAUCCUAAUUGAAUACAUCAUUCCAGGGACCACCAUACGUAAAAUGUAUGCAUGCAUGACAGUAAGUCGCUUUGGAUAAAAGCGUCUGCCAAAUGGCCGAUAUUAUAAUGUAUAUUUCUCAGAUGGGUUCACCUGCGUUUGACUCUGCCCUGGUGGAGACCCCUAACAACGUUUACCUGAUAAGUAAUAAUAUGCCAUUUAGCAUACGCUUUUAUCCAAAGCGACUUACAGUCAUGUGUGCAUACAUUUUUACAUAUGGGUGGUCCCGGGGAUCGAACCCACUACCCUGGCGUUACAAGCGCCAUGCUCUACCAAUUGAGCUACAGAGGACCACCUGACCCAGACAGUGGAGACCUGUGAGCUGAAGGAGAGCUGUUACAGAGUUCCCUACAUAGAGUACUACUAUGAAAUAGUAUACGAUGCCGACGGAGUCAAAGAGGAGAAACUCAAGGUGAGCUCACGUUCAAAUCAAAUCAAAUGUUAUUUGUCACAUACACAUGUUUAGCAGAUGUUAGUGGGUGAAAUGCUUGUCACGUUGCAGACAGUGUCCUGUGUUUCUACCUUUCUGGAUCUUGCAUCAUUUUAAUAUUGAUCUCCAAAAUAGCAAAGAGAAACCCAGUAAAAACCGCCACUAUUUUAUCUUAUCUGUUGCCUCCCUGAGGACCCAUUUUGCCACUCUACUUUGUCCUAAUUUUAAUAAUAACCGUUAAAGACCUGGGCUAAAGGACUAUAAUCAGCUCUAGGGCUGGAUUGAAUCCGUAUAGCGCAGAAGGUCAGCAUUAUAGCGCCGUUGACGUGUAAAGGCGAUGUUUCCACGGUCGCGGUAAACGCUGUCUAUGUCAGCUCAAUUAGAAAUUACCUUUACAUUUCAACCGCGCUACAACGCAGAUCUUCGGCGCUACGGAUUCAAACCAGCCCCUAGCCUGAUCAAAUUAAUUUAUCAGCUCAGCAGCUUCACACCAAUCAUAUGCGUGAAAAGAAAGUAGAGGAAGUUAGAGAUUCCAUCUGGAAGUCGAAGCUUAUAGAUCCAUUUCCGCCUCACAUCCAAUCCACUCCCCACUGGUUGGCACCACACAGACAGACAGAUACAGCAGGUGUGAAAGGCUUUAGGAUGUGAAGGUUAGGUGUUGUGUCUGUUCUCUUUAUACACAUCAGCCAACACACAGGAUGUACUGUAUGUUGGAAUGGCUUUAUCAGACUGUCUAUCUUCUUGGCUGGGAGAUACUGUAUGGAUUAGGCAUGACUUGAGUGAGUUUGGUUUAAAAGGAAAUGAUUGUAAUUACUGUCUUUAUGAUGUUCGACUAGAGGGAUUUAACAGAGUAUGUCUUGGUUUAGGAGAAAAUGAAAUAAAACAUUACUCAUGGUUACAUGUCAGCAAGAUUACACGGGGAUGAGAGAGGACAAGGGUGUUCAUCUACAACUUGUUGAAGUAAUAAUAAUAAUAAUAAUAUUCACUUCUAUUGUUUUUACACUGUGUUUCAUUUUAAAUCAUGUGAAUGUAGAAAGAGAAAAAAGACAGUAUUUAACUAAUCUAUCUCCCUGUCUGUUUGUGUGUUUGAGCCAGACAUUAUUUAACUAAUCUAUCUCCCUGUCUGUUUGUGUGUUUGAGCUGUCUGCCACCCCCUCUCACAAAAGGUGUGAGGAGAGCAAACACAUAUAGUCCCUGCAGGUGUCAAAUCAAAGCAGUUAACACGUUUAGUAGAUCCCCCUGCUCGUCUAGCCCAUGCUAGUGGACUGGCCUGGCCCCCUGCUAGUGGGCUGGCAUGGCUGGUGGGCUGGCAUGGCUGGUGUUUGCAGCCUGUGGUGAGCUGAUUGCUGAUGGCCUUUUCUCUGUGUUGCUAAUGUCUCAACAGGAAAUAGACGUGGGCAGAUGUCUGGGAGGCUGCACCACAGGAAAACGCUGUCUUCUCAGGUAAACUAGAACACAGCUGCUGCCUCCCACCCCCCUCCCUGCAGCACCCCAGCUUUCCUCUCCUCCUCCCUCCCUGCAGCACCCCAGUUCUCAUCUCCUCCUCCUCCUCCUCCCCCUGCAGCACCCCAGUUCUCCUCCUCCUCCCUGAUGAUUGUGGACUACAGGGAAAAAAAGAGGACUGAGCACGCCCCCAUUCUCAUCGACGUAGUGGAACAGGUAGAAACCUCCUCCCUGCAGCAUCCUUGGUGUCCACAUCACCAACAAACUAUCAUGGUCCAAACACACCAAGACAGUUGCGAUGAGGGCACGACAAAGCCUAUUCCCCCUCAGGAGACUGAAAAGAUUUGGCAUGGGUCUCAGAUCCUCAAAAAGUUAUACAGCUGCACCAUCGAGAGCAUCCUGACCUGGUUGCAAUCACCGCCUGUAUGGCAACUGCUCGGCCUCCGACCGCAAGGCACUACAGAGGUAGUGCGUACGGCCCAGUGCAUCACUGGGGCCAAGCUUCCUGCCAUCCAGGACCUCUAUACCAGGCAGUGUCAGAGGAAGGCCCUAAAAAUUAUCAAAGAUUCCAGCCACCCAAGUCAUAGACUGUUCUCUCUGCUACCGCACAGCAAGUGGAACCGGAGCUCCAAGUCUAGGUCCAAAAGGCUUCUUAACAGCUUCUAUUCUACCCCCAAGCCAUAAGACUCCUGAACAGCUAAUCAUGGCUACCCGGACUAUUUGUUGUUGUUUUUUUUCUUAAAAGCUGCAUUGUUGGUUAAGGGCUUGUAAGUAAGCAUUUCACUGUAAUGUCUACCACCUGUUGAUUUUAUUUGCAGCACCCCAGUUUCCCCCCCCCCUCCCCUCCCUGAGCCCCCAAUUUCCUCCUCCCCCCUUUUCAGCCCCCCAGUUUCUCCCCUCCCCCCUGCAGCACCCCCCGUUUCCCUCCUCCUUCCCUGAGCAACCCCCCGUUCCUUUUCCCCUCCCCCUGCAGCACCCCCCCGUUCUCCCCUCCCCCUGCAGCACCCCAUCUCUCCUCCUCCUCCCCGCAAACACCCCAGUUCUCCUCCUCCUCCCGCAGCACCCCCGCUUCCCCCCUCCUCCCUGCAGCACCCCAGUUUUCCUCCCUCUCCCCGCGCACCCCAGUUCUCCUCCUACCCCUCAAACCCCCCCUUCCUCCCCCCUCCCUGCAGCACCCCCGCCCCUCUUUCCCCCCUGCAGCACCCCCUUCUCCACCUCCCCAGAACCCCCAUUUUUUCCUCCCCAUCCCCCUGCAGCACCCCCGUUUCUCCUCCCCUUUUCCCCCCCUGAGCCCCCCAUUCUCCUCCUUUCCCCGCACCCCCCGUUCUCUCCUCCUCCCCCCCUCCUCCUCCCUAGCCCCCAGUUCCCCCCUUCCCUGGCACCCCCCGUUUCUCUCCUCCUCCUCCCCCCCUCCUCCUCCCUGCAGAACCCCAUUCCCUCCCCCUUUUAGCACCCCAGUUUCCUCCCCCUCCUCGACACCCCAUUAAUCCUUCUCCUCCCCCCUCGCACCCCAGUUCUCCUCCCCCCUCCUUUCCCCGAGCCCCCCCCCAGUUUCUUUUUCCUCCUCCCCUCCCCUCCAUGCAACCCCAGUUUCCCCCUCCCUGCAGCACCCCAUCUUCCUCCCCUCCCUCAGCACCCCCUUCUCCCCCUCCCUCAGCCCCCAGUUUCCUCCUCUCCCUGCAGCACCCAGUUUCUCCCCUCCCCUGCAGACCCCUUUUCCCCCCCCCCCUUUCAGCACCCCAGCUCUCCUUUUCCUCCCUGCACACCCCCCUUCUCCUCCUCCCUGACACCCCCGUUUUCCCCCCUUUCCCGCUCACCCCCGUUCUCCCCUCUCCCUUUUCCCCCUUCCUCCUCCUCCUCCCGCGACCCCAGUUUUUCCCCCUCCCCCCUGCACCCCAUUCCCCUCCUCCCCCGGGACACCCCAGUUCUCCCCUCCCGGGCCCCCCCGUUUCCUCCUCAUCCUCCCUGCAAACCCAUUUUCCUCUCCCCCCCCCUCCUCCCUCCACCCCCGCCCCCUCCCCCCCCCUGCACCCCAGUCUCCUCCCCCUCCCCCCACACCCCAGUUUUUCCCUCCCCCUCCCCUCCUCCCCCGCACCCCCGCUCUCCCCCUCCUCCCCACACCCCCCUCUCUCCUCCCCCCUCCCCCGCAGCACCCCAAUCCCCCCAAAAUUUUUCCCCUCCUCCCCCCCCCCUUUUUCUCCUCCUCCCCCCUCCUCCCCCUCCUCCUCCUUCCCCCUCAGCAAAACCCCAUUUUUUCCCCCUCCUGCCCCCCUUCUCCUCCUCCUCCCUGCAGCACCCCAGCUCUCCUCUUCCUCCCUGCAGCACCCCAGUUCUCCACCUCCCUGCAGCACCCCAGUUCUCCUCCUCAUCCUCCCUGCAGCACCCCAGUUCUCCUCCUCCUCCCUCCCUGCAGCACCCCAGUUCUCCUCCUUCCCUGCAGCACCCCAGUUCUCUCCUCCUCCUCCUCCUCCUCCUCCCUGCAGCACCCCAGUUCUCCUCCUUCCCUGCAGCACCCCAGUUUCUCCUCCUCCUCCUCCUCCUCCUCCUCCCUCCCUGCAGCACCCCAGUUCUCCUCCUCCUCCCUGCAGCACCCCAGUUCUCCUCCUCCUCCCUGCAGCACCCCAGUACUCCUUCUCCUCCCUCCCUGCAGCACCCCAGUUCUCCUCCUCCUCCUUCCCUGCAGCACCCCAGUUUCCUCUCUCUCCUCCUCCUCCUCCUCCUCCAUGCAGCACCCCAGUUCUCCUCCUCCCUGCAGCACCCCAUCUCUCCUCCUCCUCCCUGCAGCACCCCAGUUCUCUCCUCCCCCAUCUCCUCCUCCCUGCAGCACCCCAGUUCUCCUCCUCUCCCUGCAGCACCCCAGUUCUCCUCCUCCUCCCUGCAGCACCCCAGUUCUCCUCUCUCCUCCCUGCAGCACCCCAGUUCUUCUCCUCCUCAGCUACCCCAGUUCUCCUCCUCUGCAGCACCCCACCCAUUCUCCUCCUCCUCCCUGCAGCACCCCAGUUCUCCUCCUCUCCUCCCUGCAGCACCCCAGUUUCUCCUCUCCUCCCUCAGCACCCGUCUCUCUCCUCCUCCCUCCCUCCCCUCCUCCCUGCAGCAACCCCAGUUCUCCUCUCCUCUCCUCCCUGCAGCACCCCAGUUCUCCUCCUCCUCCCUCCCUGCAGCACCCCAGUUCUCCUCCUCCCUGCAGCACCCCAGUUCUCCUCUCCUCCUCUCUCCCUGCAGCAACCCAGUUCUCCCUCUCCUCUCCUCCUCCUCCCUGCUUAGCACACCCCAGCUCUCCUCCUCCCCCUGCAGCACCCCAUCUCUCCUCCUCCUCCUCCCUCCUCCCUGCGCACCCUCCUAUCCUCCUCCUCUCCUCCUCUCUCCUCCUCCCUGCAGCACCCCAGCUCUCCUCCUCCUCCCUGCAGCACCCCAGUUCUCCUCCUCCUCCCUGCAGCACCCCAGUUCUCCUCCUCCCUGCAGCACCCCAGUUCUCCUCCUCAUCCUCCCUGCAGCAACCCAGUUCUCCUCUCCUCCUCCUCCCUGCAGCACCCCAGCUCUCCUCCUCCCCCUGCAGCACCCCAGCUCUCCUCCUCCUCCUCCCUGCAGCACCCCAGUUCUCCUCUCCUCCUCCUCCUCCUCCCUGCAGCACCCCAGCUCUCCUCCUCCUCCCUGCAGCACCCCAUCUCUCCUCCUCCUCCCUGCAGCACCCCAGUUCUCCUCCUCCUCCCUGCAGCACCCCAGUUCUCCUCCUCCUCCCUGCAGCACCCCAGUUCUCCUCCUCCUCCCUGCAGCACUCCAGCUCUCCUCCUCCUCCCUCCAUCACCUCUCUCAUAACAACUGCCGGCUAGCUGUUAGCUCUAACACUUUGGUACACCCAUAAAGUUGAGCUGUUGUUGUUUAAAUACGACCUGUUUGGUUUCUUAUUCACACUCCCUCCAAGUGUCCUCAAUUAGUUUGUGAUUGUUGCAUAUAUUGUAGUGAUAGGCUUAUAUUGCAUAAAGGCCUAUAUUAUUUCAAGUUAAUAGGUUGGAUUUGAAAGUGUGUGUUUGAGAAAUGUGUCUACACUCGAAGAAGGUUCAGCACAACACAGUCCUAGAUGUCUCUGGGAUAUAUUCGGUUGUGGAUUAAACGCAUGGUUUUUCACGACAUCACUUCACCUUCUUAUAAACCUUGUUUCCCUCUGUUUUGCAGGAGCCCCUCUGA